CUGCGGGUUAGCGGCGGGGGACAUUGCUCGGUUUAGUAGCGGCAUUUUGGCCUGGGUCGGGCGGUGUCUGUGUUUUUUUUUUUUAGUCAGCCGACUCCUCACGAACACCGAGCGGCUGUUGCAACCUGAGCUGCUGCAGUGGCAACAAUGUCAGUGACUGGAAACUUCUUUAGUAAAUUAAGAUCCCUGGCACUCACUCUAGAGAAGGAGACAGCCCAACUUGAGCAGGUGUUCGGCAAUGAAGAUAAUGAAUAUGAAGAGGAAUCACCAAUGCGUGUCCUGCAUGACUUGCGUUCUGACAUAAUGGUUUUGAAGGGUGAUUUUCAGAGCACUCUUGAUAAAAAGCUCACUAGAGGCCAGGAACUCUCGGCCUUCAUAAAAGCUUGCAGAGUGUUGCACGAGAGAUCGGCAGCGGAUAUUGAGCAGAUAAAAGAGACAUUUCAGACCUACGGGUAUAAACCUCUGUGUAAUGACAAUUCUGAGAAUGAGCAAACACAAGAAAGCGAGAAGCCUAAAGACAAUGACGUGAGGAAGGCAGAUGCGGAGGACUUGCCUAUCCUAGAGAAGGCAGCAAGCACAUCAUGGGAUUUACUGCGUGCUCCCCAGCUCUCGGACUUUGGCCUUUCCCAUUAUCAGCUGCCAACAGCGUGGGAACCACCCAAAGUGAAACCGUGUCCAAAGAACCCAGAGGAGGAGAAGCCAAGGAUCAUGUAUAAGGAUCCGGAACCAAUAAAUGUUGCCAAAACCCCAAAAUGUGCUCUUAGACUUGAAGAGGAUUUUUCACAGAUCCAACAUUUUGGCAUUAGUGAUUGCAGCACAAAUCUGAAUGAUGACUAUACAAUAGCUCUGAUCAACAAGAAUUUCCAGAAAAAACAAAAUGUUACUGAAAAUGAAACCUGCCAAGCAAAGAAUCUGAAAAGCCUUCUAGCUACUCCUUCACAUCUGAGCCAUCGAAUGGAUUGUGUUGACUCUCCUCUGCCACCGGUGUUCUUUACCCCUGGCUUAAAGGUUCAUAAAAAGGAAACCAUAUCACUGCCUGGGAAGACUGGGGAAAGGCAAGGCCUGAAUGCAGCAGACACUGACUCUACAUUACUUUCUGGUACCUGUGAUAGAAAGGACUCUGACAAUGCUCAUCUAGAAGAUGUUCAUGAAUGCACGGCCAUGAAGCCAGCGAUGGACUUAAAAAGCAUUUCAGCUGCACCUCCCUAUCUCUCUUUGGGCUCUAAUUUUGACAGUGUUUACUCUCCGCGGCCCCCAGUCUUCUGCACCCCAGGUCUCAAAACGCACAAGAAAGAAACGAGCUCUGUGUUAGUGGAGCCUAAAGAGGUGACGGGCUGCUCUGAUACUCCACCUUUGCCUUCCUUUCAAACAAACUGGCUGAAGAACGAUACUACGGAAAAGGCCUUGGAUAUUACAGAACCAGUCCCUAGACCGGAACUUUCCUACAGGCAGUAUCUGGAGGAACCCCCUUCACUGGUUCUAAAUUCUAAUAAAUAUGAAGCUCCAGCAAUGACUGAAUACGACAUUGGAACACCAACACGCCCAGAAAUGACUGUGUCUUUAACGGAGGAUCUAUUUAAGUAUAACGUGAAGCCAUCGUCUCCUCCUAAGAUGUCGGAAUAUGAAAAGAUGCUUUGGACUCCCAUACGCCCUGAAAUGACAUCGUGCAUAACCGAAGAUAUUUCCCAGAUUCUGUCCAAGUAUUGUGACAAUAACACUAAUGUGGCUGAUAAAGAGAUGUGGAAUAAAGCAGGAGCUUCAUUUGGGAAAAUAAGCUCAGAAUAUGAGGACAAGGAAAACAGACAAUAUUGAUUGUGUGACGGUUCUCUGUAACAAAGACGGAGCUUCAGCACCAAGCAGUGUUCCUUUUAUAAACUAAGCACGAUUUACAUAAGUGUUUGUCUAUUGUACAUAUACAGCAACGUCAGUCAGCUUUGGGGAUCUUUUACAAUCUGGCCUCUAAUGUCCAGGCACAUUCCAUAGAUCCAGUGUGUUUGGCCUGUGCUCUUGUCGCUGCAAUCCGUAAAUCAGAUGAUGAACCCAAUUGUGCGGGGGAGGGGGGAGACAUGGGUUCUGGCUAGGGAUGUACCGAAUCCACUAUUUUGGAUUUGGCCGAAUCCUUUAUGAAACAUUCGGCCGAAUUCCGAACCCUAAUUUGAAUAUGCAAAUUAAGGGUGGGAAGGGGAACCCAUUUUUUACUUCCUUGUUUUGUGACAAAGUCACUAGAUUUCCCUUCCCUAAUUUGCAUAUGCAAAUUAUGAUUCGGUUCCGCUUGGCAGAAGAAUUCGGCCGAAUCCUGCUGAAAAACCGAAUCCUGGAUUAGAUGCAUUCCUAGUUCUGGCCAUUCCCAGCUGGUGCAGUCACACUACAGUUCUGCCAGACUGCACAUUAGGGAACCCACCUAUUUACUGCAGAUCAGUUUCAUUGGAAAUAUCAGGACUGUAUGAAAUAAAUACAUUUGACCACUCCCCUAAUUCUUCCUAUAAAUCUAGAGCAGCCCUUCACUUUCUGUGUAUAGGGUGUGGGACAAGGAUCUUUUCCUGUACAAUAAAUUAUUAAUCCGUUA